GGUGGUUAUUGUUAUGACGUAGUUGGCUGGAAUAUAAACAGUUGGAGUCCCGUUUCGCGGUCAUUCAAGACGCUGAUGCUGUCACGUCCACGAGACUCAAAGAGACACAACUCAGACUUAGGGAAGAAGACGUCAUGGACGACUGUGGCAGGGCGUGCAAAUAUGUCCUCUUCAUCUUCAACUUAAUCUUCGCGCUCCUGGGCUUCGCCUUCUUGGGUCUGGGUCUGUGGUUGCGAUGUAGUCCCAACACCAGAGCCAUCUUUGAAAUAAGCUCUUUCAACUCCAGCUAUUUUGUCAUUGGUGUGACCGUGCUGAUAGUGCUGGGUACUGUGCUGCUGGUCGUGACGAUGUUCGGAGAUUAUGGCGCCUGCGGCGAGAAAAGAUGUGCUCUUCAAGUGUUCUCAGUGCUCCUCUUCCUGCUGGCGGUGGCUCUAAUGCUGGGCGGACUGAUGCUUUACACCAACAAUGACACGGUUGGGAAGGCGUUUGUUGAGUUCUACGAAAGCAUGUACACUUUGUACGCAUCCACUGGAGACUCGGGCAUUGGGAUAACCAUCAUGUUCAUUCAGGAGAUGCUGUAUUGCUGCGGCGUGACCGGGAUCCCCGUGUUGGAGUCUAUGGUCCAGACCUGCCCCAAACCAAAGGGUUUCUUGGCGCGCAUUGCCAUGCCCACCUGUCCGGGGGUCAUCUCCGAUGCCUUCAACCAAAACAUCACAUACCUGAUGGUCUUCCUCUUCUUGACUGGAGCUCUUUUGAUCACGGCCCUGGGAUGCGCGCAGGCCCUCUCCAAGAAGGUCCGCAGGGACCAGAUGGACAACCCCUCCCGGUACUCGGCCGUCCCAGAAGGAAUCCCCCUGUGAAAAUGUUCUUUGUAAAGACUGGCUAACGGUAGCAUGACUUCCACAUUUUACAGUCAUUGAGUGACAGAAACGUGCGGUGACAAAAGUUCACCUGGCAUUUUAGAGGAUUUGGUAUUUUCCGGGGUAUAAGCCACACCCACUAUUUUUCCCAAACGGGCAGUAAAACGGCCGAUCAAACAAAACAGAAUCCAUCAUCAUCGAUGCGCAAGCUAGCUCUCCCGUCAAACAAUUCCGCGCUGACGUUUUGGUGAAAGUGAAACAACACAAAAAGAAUGUCAUUGUAAGUUAAUACUAACACGGACAUGUUAGCUAAUGCUAACAAUUCUAGCUCGAUUACAUUACGAUAGCACCUACAAAUAUGGGUGAAGACACUCCCACAGACAUCACAUAUGGGACGCUUUAGCAAGUAAGAAUAUUUUUAGUUAUGUUGUAAAACUUACAAGAAAUCCUUAAGAGUAUAAACACUAUGGACGGCUAGAAGACCGGAUGGCUCUUCUACUUCCGGCUCGAAGCUUUAAAACAGGAGGAAUCACUUGUUGGCAUUCACCCAGCAAAUAAUACUAACUUAAUUACUUUAAUAGCGCGUACUAAUAUGCAUGAAAACAUCACACAUGGGAUGCUUUAGCAAGUAAGAAUAGUUUUAGUUAUAUUGUAAAACUUACAAGAAAUCCUUAAGAGUAUAAACGCUAUGGACGGCUAGAAGACCGGAUGGCACUUAUACUUCCGGCUCGAAGCUUUAAAACAGGAGGAAUCACUUGUUGGCAUUCACCCAGCAAAUAAUGCUAACCUAAUUACUUUAAUAGCGCGUAGAAAUAUGCAUGAAAACAUCACACAUGGGAUGCUUUAGCAAGUAAGAAUAGUUUUAGUUACAUUGUAAAACUUACAAGAAAUCCUUAAGAGUAUUAACGCUAUGGACGGCUCAAAGACCGAAUGGCACUUAUACUUCCGGUUCGAAGCUUUAAAACAGGAGGAAUGACUUGUUGGCAUUCACCCAGCAAAUAAUGCUAACUUAAUUACUUUAAUAGCGCGUACAAAUAUGCAUGAAAACAUCACACAUGGGAUGCUUUAGCAAGUAAGAAUAGUUUUAGUUAUAUUGUAAAACUUACAAGAAAUCCUUAAGAGUAGAACGCUAUGGACGGCUCAAAGACCGAAUGGCACUUAUACUUCCGGCUCAAAGCUUUAAAACAGGAGAAAUUACUUGUUGGCAUUCACCCAGCUAAUAAUGCUAACUUAAUUACUUUAAUAGCGCGUACAAAUAUGCAUGAAAACACUCCCACAGACAUCACACAUGGGACGCUUUAGCAAGUAAGAAUUCUUUUAGUUACAUUGUAAAACUGUGACAAAUGAAGAAUCCACACGAGUAGAAAUGCCAUGGAUGACUGGAAGACAGAAUGGCACUUCUACUUGCAGUUGAGAGCGCUCAAUGCAAGAACCACUGGAGUGAUGGGACUCGUCCAAAAGAAGGCGCCAAAACACAAACCAUAACACACCUUUUUUAAACUAUUUGCAUUAUGGCCAUCAGCGUUGAACAAUCCAUAAGUUAUCCGCACCGUUUUACAAGCUGCAGGGUACAAAGCGUAGGUGAAAAAAAAAAAAUUGUGGUUUAUAGUCCGGAAUUGACAUGAUAUGCUAACUUUACAAUGGUGACAGCAUUUUACUGUGAAAUACAGGCAGAUAAUACUGUAAAUGUGGUCCUUUUAGGCUUUUAUUUUGAUGGAGUCAUCGCCGCUUUGUGCAAGAAAGAAUCACUACUUCAUAUUUUUGUUUCUUUAGGUCAAACUUUUUUUUACAUGUUGUCCCUCGUGUGGAUGCUCCAAACAUUCACUCAUGCUUUUAUACACCAACAUUCAGGCAGUUUUUCUUCUUCUUCUCCACAUUUUUCAACCUACUUCCACCUUCAACAUAUAUUCCACUCAUCCUGGAAAUUCAAUCAUUUUUCCAAGUGUCCCAAAAAUUCCAGGAAUUCCCGUUUUUUUUUUUUUUUUAACCUUUUUUUCCUGUGGACAACUCAUUCCACAUUUCCCAACCCGCUCCAACCGUUCUACAGUCCAAACAUUCCUCUUAUUCAGGAAAAAACUAAAAGUUUUUUUUUCGUACUGGAAAAUUUCCCGAAAUUCCAGGAAUUCCGUAAUACCAUUUCUCAUUUAAAAACGUUGCUGCUUCAACAUUUUUUGACCGAUUUGAAACAUUUCAAUCAUCCAUAACAUUCAAGUCUUUUAAAAUUUUCCCAAAAAUUCUCACUUUUCCCGAAAUUCCCAUUAAAAUGAAUUGAAAACAUUUUCAAAGAUCCACAAUUCCCACAUUUUGCAUGUGAUUCAAAAUGUUCCAACUCCUAAAUAUUCAGCCUGUUCGAAAUUGUGUGUUUACUUUAAAAAAAAUUGAAAAAUUCCUGGAUUUCCAAGAAUUCACAGUUUUCAGCUCCGCUACUUUAAUGUCUUUCAUGUUCUUUGAUGUCUGAUGUUUCCCUCUAGUAUGUACUAUGGCUAUUAGUUGUUUUUUUCCCUUGGCCUCGGUCUGGACCCCCUCUACAGGGGCCCAGGCUUAGACCGAUUUUUUUCAUUUUAUUUUAUUUUAGUCUUUUCCCUGUAAUGUUUGUCUGAUCUUGAAUGGGAUUGUGUUGAAAAUUUUAAUUUCCCCUCCGGGAUUAAUAAAGUAUGUCUGAUUCUGAA